AAUCAUUUUUAUUUUUUUAAACCCUCUUCCAAUUAUGUAACAAAAUCUAAUAAAAACACAUAUGAAAGUGAAACCUUCCCCAAAUAUCCCCUCACUUAAAUAAUUAAUUAAUAAACAAAAAAAAAUAGUUGGAAUCUCAAAAUCACACACACAAACACGCACAUGAUUAGUAGAUUUGGCUUUAUUAAUUAAACUUCAUUAAUUAAACUAAACGUAAUUAAUUAGAUUCUAUUUCCCCCAAUUUCUCUCCCACCCCUUCCAUUUAGGUAUUUUCCUCCCAACUCUCUCUCUCUCUCUCUUCUUCCCCAGAUCCCCCCUUUCUCUCUCUCUCUAGAACUCCACUCCGCCACUGUAAAUUAUCACAAUUAUUCGCCGGAGAUUCAGCAUUUCCGCAGCUAGCUAUCAAUGCCCAAUGCGUUUGUGUUUUAGCAGAUCUUCCUCACCAGCUACUACAGUUUCGAUUGGUGUAUGUACUACUCAAUGAAGCGCACUCUACGCCCACUGUACAGUGUUCUUCUCCUCCUAGUUAUGGCGGCCACUCUCACUAUCAGAGUCGUGGUUCAGCAGAACGGAUCUCUCCAGCUGAAAUACGAGUUUUCACCUGUUCGAACCCCUAAAAAACCGGUCUUCAACGCCACCCUAUUGAACCACGCCGCCGUCGACAUCGGCGGGCCCAAAUUGAAGCAGGAGAUCGACGAUUUGCUCGAGGGAAAUUUCAGAACCCGCGGACGACAGAGAACGUUCCUUUCCUCCGGCAAAUACCACAUCGACGUGAAACUCCGGUCGUCUAGAGGCACGCCGCUGCAGCUCCGGUCGCCGGAGUUCUACCGCCUGUGGCUGAGUUUCAGAAGGUACUUAUCCGAUUGGUCUCGGAAUCGGAGGUUUUACUCCGACGCAAUGUCGGAUUUGGUUAGCGAGAUUAGAGUUCCGAUCGACGAGUUCAACGGUGAGAAGAGUUCGAAAGGGAGAUACAAAAGCUGUGCUGUGGUGGGGAAUAGUGGGAUUUUAAUGAAGAGGGAUUACGGUAAAUUAAUCGAUAGCCACGAAGCUGUGAUCCGUUUGAACAACGCGAGAACGACAAGCUUCGAGAAAAAUGUAGGAUCGAAAACGAAUAUUUCGUUUGUCAAUAGUAACAUUCUGCAUCUAUGUGCGCGUAGGGAAGGCUGUUUUUGCCAACCCUACGGUAAAAAUGUACCCAUGAUCAUGUACAUAUGCCAGCCUGCGCAUUUCUUCGAUUACUUAGUCUGCAACUCCUCACACAAAGCCCCGUUAAUAAUCACAAACCCGAAAUUCGAUGUCAUGUGUGCUCGAAUCGUGAAGUACUAUUCUUUGAAAAGAUUCGUCGAGUCAACCGGGAAAGAUUUCGGCGAGUGGGGCCCGUCUCACGAGGGGGCAAAUUUUCAUUACUCGUCCGGGAUGCAGGCGGUGAUGCUUGCUUUGGGUGUUUGUGAAAAAGUGAGCAUUUUCGGGUUCGGAAAAUCGAAACUCGCGAGGCACCACUAUCACACGAAUCAGAAGGCGGAGCUUUCGCUGCACGAUUACGAGGCGGAGUAUGAUUUUUAUCGGGAUUUAAUGGAGCGGCCCGAGGUGAUCCCGUUUGUUUCGGAUAAGUUUAUGUUCCCCCCUGUUGUAAUGUAUCACUGACUUUUCGAUUCUUGAUUUUCCACUUGUUUCGAUUAGAGGUGUAUUGUAUGUUUUGGUGUCUAGAUAUUCCUUGUUUGGGGUUUUUUUGAUUGAGAGAAUGGAAUUGAUUUUGCAACUGUAAUUGUACAUUGAAUUGAAAGAAAUAUAUUCACACUUUCUUUUUCUUA